AUACCUCACAAAUCGCUCGACCUUGUCUUCUCCACUCUUGGCACACCGGGCCAAUGGACGGCGCAUCUCGCUACCCAGCGUCCCACCCCCACAUUGAUCGAGAUCACCACAGUCACCAACGCAACGGGACUUGAGGCUAAUUGGGGGACCAAAUUCCCGUGGUAUGCCCGGCUCUUGAUCGACUUUGCGGCCUGGUAUUUGCAUCCUCGGGUACCCAAAGGAGUCAAGUUUGUCGCGCAUAACACCGCGUUCCUACCUCAGGACCUGGCGGCUAUGGUGAAGGAAGCUGAAGAGGGACGGCUGAACCCGUUGAUAGGCACAGAGUUCACGCUCGAACAAGGGGCAGAGGCGUUCGACCUUGCACACAAGGGGAUCAUAGGCAAGGUUAUAUUCCGUAUCUCCGACUAA